CUAUGCGCCCUGGUGCCCCGCCUGCCAGAGCCUGCAGCCCGAGUGGGAGAAGUUCGCCGAGUGGGGAGAGGAUCUGGAGGUGAACAUCGCCAAAGUGGAUGUGACCGAGCAGCCAGGAUUAAGUGGGCGAUUUAUCAUAACGGCGCUUCCUACCAUCUAUCAUUGUAAAGAUGGAGAGUUUAGGAGAUACCAGGGCGCCAGAACGAAAACUGAUUUCAUAAAUUUCAUCAGUGAUCAGGAAUGGAAGUCCAUUGAGCCUGUUUCAUCGUGGUUCGGCCCUUCCUCUUUUCUGAUGAGCAGUAUGUCUGCUUUAUUUCAGUUGUCAAUGUGGAUCAGGCACUGCCAUAAUUAUUUGACAGAAAAUGUUGGAAUACCAGUUUGGGGUUCAUAUGCCAUUUUUGCACUGGCAACUCUCUUCUCAGGACUGAUACUGGGACUUCUCAUGGUGUUCCUAGCAGACUGCCUCUGUCCAUCCAAAAGGCACAGACAACAACAAUACCCUCAUUCGAAAAAAUUGUCGCCAGAGUCAGCUCAUCUAUUGAAAAAGCUGGAUGAAGAGCAGGAAGCAGAUGAGGAAGAUAUUUCAGAUGAUGAAACAGAGGAAAAAGAGGUGUCCAACAGAAGCUCUUCAACGAAUGCCGUAAGACAGCGCCCAGUGAACCCUGCUGCUACAAUGGAUAAAUCCUAGUUUUAUUUGCAUGCAGGAUUACUGUUUGUGAGUCACUAACUCAAAAGGAGUUGAAUGUAUCAAAUCCUUCAGCUUGAAGAGCAGUGACUCCUGUCAUGAUAAUAUUGAUGCAUUUCACUAGUUCAGAAAAAAAAGAUAUACUGAAAAUAUCUUUGGCAUCAGGUAUCCAGAACUAAAACAUGCUGUUGCAAAUGGCUGGAACUUCUCCUGCCAGUGUGCAGAGAAGUGCCAAGAAAUAAUUUGCGUGGCUUUUUGAAUGACUUGUUCUGUAGUUGUUUUAAAGAAUAUAAGCCAGUGUACUUGUUGCAUUAGGGAAUGUUAGGAAGGAAAAUGCACUAACUUGUUUGCUUUUAAAGUAUUCAGAAAAGUUUCUCAGUAUAAAUCUUAUCUAGUUGUGCUCUGAUAAAAUGCUGAGGGGAAAAAUUCCUUCAGUUAUGGGACCUUCUACAGACUUUU